GGCAUUCAGGCCACCGACGUCCUGGAUUAGCCCCGAGUUUCGCCAAUCCAGAGGCAGGGGUGGGACGGUGCAGGCGCAGAGGACUGGGUUUGGCUGGACUCGAUUUAAAGAGACAGAAGCUGUCGGGGUCCAAGAAGACGGUCCCCAAGAACCUCCCCCCAAGUCCUUGGGACCACUUGGGUCCCCAAAGCUGGGGAGAUGGUUUGCGGUGGCUUUGCCUGCUCCAAGAAUGCGCUGUGCGCUCUCAACGUGGUCUACAUGCUGGUAGGCUUGUUGCUCAUUGGAGUGGCUGCUUGGGGUAAGGGUCUGGGUCUGGUGUCCAGCAUCCACAUCAUCGGAGGAGUCAUUGCUGUGGGAGUCUUCCUUCUUCUCAUCGCGGUGGCUGGACUGGUGGGUGCUGUCAACCACCACCAAGUACUGCUAUUCUUCUACAUGAUCAUCCUUGGGUUGGUCUUCAUCUUCCAGUUUGGAAUCUCUUGCUCAUGUCUGGCUAUUAACCGAAGCAAACAGACAGAUGUCAUUAAUGCUUCUUGGUGGGUCAUGAGCAACAAGACCCGGGAUGAACUGGAAAGAAGUUUUGAUUGUUGUGGCUUGUUCAACCUCACAACCCUGUAUCAACAGGAUUACGCUUUCUGCACUGCAAUGUGUAAGAGCCGGAGCUCCACGUGCCAGAUGUGUGGAGAAAAGUUUCUUAAGCAUUCAGACAAAGCCCUGAAAAUACUGGGGGGUGUUGGACUCUUCUUUAGCUUUACAGAGAUUCUUGGUGUUUGGCUAGCAAUGAGAUUUCGGAAUCAGAAGGAUCCUCGAGCUAACCCCAGUGCCUUUCUAUAAGACUCUAGAUCCUUCUGACUUCUCUCCUGCUCUCUAUCCUCCCUAAGCUUUUUUUCCUCCCUUAGGGAAAACCUAGGGUCUGUAGCCCUUUUUGUUUGAGAAAAAGGAAGGGCCCUUUGCCACAUCCCCCAAAGAUGACUGAACAGCCAGGCUGUAUGCCUUGACAUGUUUAGUGGGAGCAAGAUCAU